UAGUGGUUCACUCAACCUCAACCGGUACCCGUAUGAUAGUCGAUGUCAGUCACAGUCACGUCGUCGUAAACGCAGAUAGAACAAUCCAUUAAUUAUUAUCUUCUACACGCUAUUCGGCGUUAACUACAAUAAAGUAUCCUUCGAUCUGUAGUUUCCAUUAAUCAAUUGAUAACUGCGCUAUGUUUUACCGUAUUAAGAAGAUUCUCGUGUGUUCGUGAAGUGAAGUAGUUUGUAUGAAAUCGGAAAAUGUUUAAAAGACAGAGAUCGAAAAAUAGUGGUUCUCCGCUCCAAAACGGUGAAUCGCAACAUUCUCACAUGGAGAACAGUGUCCCUGUGUCACCAGUUUCCAAAAAUACGCUGCAAUUCUAUUGCCAACUGGCCCAUGGUAGUCCGACAGCUUUCGUAUCAGGAUUUUCUAAUGUGCGAGAGCUCUAUGGGAAAAUUGGAGAGUGCUUUGAAAUGUCACCAUCUGAGAUAUUAUUUUGUACCUUAAACACCUAUAAGGUGGAUAUGAAGAAACUGUUAGGAGGUCAAAUAGGAUUAGAGGAUUUUAUAUUUGCUCAUAAAAAAGGUAGACCCAAAGAAGUUGAAUUAACAAAAUCAGAAGACGCUUUAGGACUUACAAUUACGGAUAACGGAGCCGGAUAUGCAUUCAUAAAACGAAUAAAAGAAGGCUCGGUCGUGUCGCAUAUACCUCAUAUACAGGUUGGCGAUCACAUAGAAAAAUUAGACAAUCAAGAUAUGAUCGGAAAACGUCAUUUUGAGGUAGCAAAAGCACUUAAAGAAAUCCCAAGAGGCGCUACAUUCACAAUUCGACUCGUGGAACCGUUGCAAAGUGGAUUCGCAAGUAUAUCACCAAAAACUGGUAAAGUCAACGGUAGUAAAAAAGGAUACGGAAGUGGCAAGGAAACGCUGAGAUUUAAAGCUGGAGGAAAAGCUGAAAUUCAGCAACAGGACUCCAUAAUGGAUGCCGGUGUUGAAAAAAUAAAUAAUAUUUUAGAAUCAUUUAUGGGUAUUAACGAUUCAGAAUUAGCAACGCAAAUAUGGGAACUGUCAGUGGGGAAACAGAAUUCAAUGGAUUUCGCAGAAUCUGUGGACGAAUCUGACCUUGCUACGUUUGAAUUCACCGAUGAAAUUAUAAUCGAACUCUGGGGGGCAAUCACUGAUGCAAGAGAUGGAAGGUUAAAAUAAAAAUAAAAAAUCUACGUGCCAAGAACAAAAUUUGUGUUAGAAUUUUAGACAAAAUGUUGUUUGUGACUUUGAUUAACUUUUUUGUUAAUUGAAUAUAUAAUAGCUGAUUGUUAAGUUAAAAGUAAUAAUAAUUUUGGCAAAAUGUGUAAGAUUCAAAGUAAUAUUAUAUUAUGCCAAUCUUAGAUCUAUUUCAUAUUUUUAUCAUGUAAAUUUAAUUAAUAUAUAGUUUAUUUUAAAACAUAAAUUGUCAAUAAAAUAAUAAUUAUAUUUGUUAUUUAUGCUUAUUA